CAAAGAAGCCACAACACACACACACACACACACACACACACACACACACACACACACACACACACACACACACACGGAGCCAUGUACCUGUGCACCAAGGCAGUGGAGGGCAGUCACGCCAUGCAGAGGUGUGUCAGGAGACGUACAGCGAGCGGAAGUGUUAUGGUGGUGGUGAUGAUGGUAUUGGUUGUGGUGCUGUUUCUCCCACCUCAUCCUUCCUCCUCUUCCUCCUCCUCCUCCUCCUUCUCCUCCUCCGACUCUUCCUCAUCAUUAUCGUCGUCAUCCUCCGUGAAAUUCCUCCAAGACAGCCGGCAAGCCACCGUCCUGCAUUCUGCCAAUCUCGCAUCGUCGCUGAGGGAUAUUCCAAAAGAUUCUUGUCGUCCUCGCCACGAUUUGGUGUUCCUCAAGACUCACAAGUGUGCCUCCUCCACCACGCAGCGUAUCUUCCUCAGGUACGGGAAGCAACACGGACUGACCCAAGCUCUGCCACACACCGGGAACUACCUGGGCUCACCGCGGCCUUUCAAGGAGUGGAUGCUGCCUCGCUCUCUGAGGACUCCUGACGGCAAGUACAAUAUGAUGGUGGUGCACACGAGACUAGAUGCGGAGGCUUUAGCUAAGGUGAUAAGGAAAAGUGCUGCCUGGAUUACCAUUGUCAGGGAACCAGUGGACCAGUUUGAAUCCUUGUGGGGAUAUUUUGAAAUGGAAAAGUUCUAUAAGAUGUCCUUGGAGGAGUUCGCUGAUCUUCCCUACGAAAAGGUGGUUCGCUGGCGCCUGGCGAAGGUGUACGGCAUUCACCAGAUGUUUUAUGAUAUGGGUUACGGCUCGGCGGAGGACCUGACACCCACAAACAUGGACAGGAUAUUGACGAAGCUGAACUCAACCUUCGAUCUAGUGAUGGUGGCUGAGAGAUACGACGAGUCUCUGGUACUGUUGAAGGACCUUAUGUGCUGGACUGCUGAUGACGUGGCCUACCUCAGUAUUAACUUUAGAAAGAAGAAGUUUGCCACCAAUAAACUUGCACCUGAAACUCGGGACAAGUUGUUGCAAUUGAGUUAUCCAGAUGCUAAGAUCUACGAGUUUUUCUUGAAGGUGUUUGAGAAGAAAGUAGAAGCCUUUGGCCGUGCGAGGAUGGCUAAGGAGCUCGCGGCGGUACAAGCUGCCAACAAGAAACUGGCGGAGAAAUGCGUGGUGAAUGAGAACAGUCCACUACGGGCUGAAAAGGGUAUGGAGUGGGUGGAAGUGGUGAGCAGGGUGACUGUGCGUGGAGACAUUCAGGACUGUGUGGAUGUCGUCCGUACGGAACACGACAUGCUGAACGAUGUGAGGGAAAGGCAGAGGCUGUGGGUGGCAAGAAGGUGGCGAGGCAAUCUGUCUCAGGUGGUGGUGCCUCUUAGGUGAUGAACGCCUCCCAGUGCCAGGUUCAUAAUAGCCAAUUAACCACCUUAAAUCACGUAUAGUACUUACUUAUAAUUUAUCAACACUUUUUUUUAUGCACCAGCGACCAUUAGACUCACAGAGGAAAGAGUUGACAUAUAAAAAGUAAAAGGUCGGUUAAUCUUCAGUUCUUUUAGCCUCAACGCUGCCUGGGCAGAGCGUCUUGCUGCAUCAUUCUUGAGAAAAUCAUUCUUAUAUCGUCAAAUACUUUGAUUCAACACUGCAACGGAACGCAGAGAGGAGAGAGCAAGGGAGAGUGAGUACAAAGUUAGUUUUGACAUGAGAAGUUUGGCAUUAGUGACUGAAAUGUAAAAAUAAAGUUUUCUGUGGAACAAUGUGGUCAGUUUUCCAAGCAUGUGUGAUGGUCCUGUACUAUUUCCAGAUUACUCAUACUAUUAUUACUGUUACUACUGCCAGGUUAAUUAGUAUGUUAAAUAAUCAUUGUUGCUACCAGAG